CUUGCUCUUCCUCACUCUCAUCAUCAUCCUCUUCCACCACUAACACACUCUCUCAAGAUGCUCUCAAGAACUAAGAGCAUCUUCCAUUUAGAGGAAGAAGAAGAACAACAACAAGAACAAGGUGAUGAUCAAGCCAUUAGAGAAGUGCAAGAAGGCCUUGUUGGUCUUCGUAUUCUUAUACAACAUCAAGGCCGGAAAGUACCGAAAAACAUCGUCAUCAAACCGACAAAGUUCUCAACUGAUUUAGGCUUCCUCAAGGCUUGCUUCUUUUGCAAAAAAGAGUUGAGUCUCCAAAAGGAUGUCUACAUGUAUAAAGGUGACCAGGGAUUUUGUAGUGUUGAGUGUAGGUAUAAACAGAUGGUAGUUGAUGAGAAGAUAGAGUUUGAAGAAGCUACAAAGGAAAGGUUGAAGAUGGCUAAAAGCCAUCAUCAUCAUCAUCAUCAUCAUAACCAUCAUCAUCAUCAUCAUCAUCAUGUUCAUCAUGGUAUUGCUAAGAUGAGAGAAUCUGCAGAUGGUAGGAGGAGAAGAAGAGUUUUAGCCAGUGCUGCUUGUUAGCUUUAGAUUCAAGGACAUGAAACUAUAUAUAUUGUUUAUAUGUUAAGUGUGUGGUUUUUUAUGUUUGUUUGUUUUGGAAAAACUUGGCAAGUGUAAUAAUAUAUAUAUAUAUAUAUAUAAGUAGGGAGAGAAACAUGAGAAAAACAUGUGUAUUAGUUGAAGCUUUUGUUGUUGGUAAUUGAAGCUUUGUUUGUUUUGUUUAUUUAUUUA